AUGGUCGAACAAAACAACCCCGCCAAUGGCGGCGAGAACCCAAUUGCGCAGAUCGAACAAGUCGUAAAGGCAUCUCUGAGACCCUUGCCCACCGAGACCGGCGAUGGUACUUACGUCAAGGGUUCCACGACCACCGGACUGGCCAAGGAUCUGAGCCAUGUCGAGCUCAAAGACGUGAAGACGCUGGCGGAAGUAGCUAAAAAUGCGAUCACCGGUGACCCGGUAAAUGACCGGGAGUAUAUUAUGGAGCGAGUGGUUCAGCUUGCGGCAGGCCUACCGGCGACGUCCAAAAAUGGCAAGGAUCUCACGAAUACCUUUCUGAGCACCCUCUGGAAUGAUUUGGAGCAUCCGCCAAUCUCGUAUCUGGGACGGGAUGCCUCUUACCGAAAGGCAGAUGGAUCUGGCAAUAACCCUUUCUGGCCCAACAUUGGUGCUUCUGGUACAGCCUAUGCACGAUCUGUCCGCCCACAGACAAUGCAGCCUGCAGCCCUUCCUGAGCCGGAGACGCUUUUUGACAGCCUUCUAGCUCGGAAGGAGUUCAAAGAACACCCGAACAAGAUCUCUAGUGUGCUCUUCUAUCUUGCAUCUAUAAUUAUUCAUGAUCUUUUCCAAACGGACCCCAGAGAUCAAACAGUAUCCAUGACAUCGUCGUACCUGGACCUGGGUCCACUUUAUGGAAACAAUCAGGAGGAGCAAAAUGCAGUCAGAACCUUCAAGGAGGGAAUGCUCAAGCCAGAUUGCUUUUCCGCCAAGCGAGCCUUGGGAUUCCCUCCUGGUGUUGGGGUCAUGCUUAUUAUGUUCAAUCGUUUCCAUAACUACAUCGCCGAGCAACUUGCACAGAUCAACGAGGGUGGCCGGUUCACAAAGCCAGAUGAGUCGAACACCAAAGCCUACGCUACCUGGGAUAACGACCUUUUCCAGACUGCGCGCCUGGUUACCUGCGGUCUUUAUGUCAACAUCAUUUUGAAAGACUAUGUUCGAACCAUUCUGAAUCUGAACAGGACGGACAGUACAUGGAGCUUGGAUCCUCGAUCGGAGAUGAAAAAUGGUCUCCUCAAGGACGCCGCCAAGCAGGCGACGGGAAACCAAGUUUCGGCCGAGUUCAAUCUUGUCUACCGGUGGCACUCGUGCAUUUCUACUCGUGACCAAAAGUGGUCCGAGGAUUUGUACAGAGAAGUGUUUGUGGGCCAGGACCCGAACAACAUCACCCUCCAACAGUUCACCCGGGGACUCGGAAAGUGGGAGGCGACACUCCCCGAAGACCCCUUUGAGCGUCCUUUUGCCAAGUUGCAGCGCCAGGCUGACGGCCGCUAUGAUGACGAUGACUUGGUUAAGAUCUUUGAAGAAAGCGUGGAGGAUGUUGCUGGAGCGUACGGUGCUUCGAAUGUACCGACUGUCUUCCGCACUAUUGAAGUUCUGGGCAUCAAACAGGCCCGGUCUUGGAACAUGGCCACGUUGAAUGAGUUCCGAUCAUUCUUCAAUUUGCAGCCCUAUCAGACAUUUGAAGAGAUCAACUCGGAUCCAUAUAUUGCCGACCAGCUCAGGCAUCUCUACGACCAUCCAGAUCAGGUGGAACUCUAUCCCGGCCUGAUUGUCGAGGACGACAAAAAGCCUGUGGUACCGGGCAGCGGCUUGUGUACGAACUACACCAUCUCUCGAGCGAUCCUCUCGGACGCGACUACGCUCGUUCGUGGUGAUCGCUUCUAUACCGUUGAUUACACUCCCAAGCACCUUACGAACUGGGCAUAUAACGAAGUCAACUAUGAUACUUCCGUGGACAAUGGCUCAGUUUUCUAUAAGCUAGCCCUCAGAGCUUUCCCCAACCACUUCCGCGGAGACUCGGUCUAUGCACACUUCCCGUUCGUUGUGCCCCACGAGAACAAGAAGAUCCUGACGAGCCUCGGAUAUGGUCUUACAUAUAGCUAUGAUCGACCAACUUACACCGCGCCGCCCCGACUGAUCAACUCCCACGCCGCCUGUAUGUCGAUUCUUGCGGACAAGGAGGCUUUCAGUGUGGUCUGGGGCAAAAAGCUUGAGUUUAUCUUGAGUCGUGAUGGCCAAUCCUACGGCCGCGACUUUAUGCUGUCCGGCGAUCGUCCGCCGAACGUCCAGUCUCGCAAGAUGAUUGGCAAUGCCCUGUACCGGGAUAAGUGGAGGGAAGAGGUUCGGUCAUUCUACCAGGAAAUCACCUUGCAACUCCUGCAGAGAAACUCAUACAAGAUUGCCGGUAUGAACCAGGUCGACAUUGUCCGUGAUGUGUCCAACCUCGCCCAGAUCCAUUUCUGUGCCCACAUCUUCUCGCUCUCACUAAAGACGGAGUCAAACCCCCGCGGCGUGUUUACUGAGCAGGAGCUGUACCAGAUAAUGGCUCUGGUGUUCACUUGCAUCUUCUACGACGUCGACGUCACUAAAUCCUUCCAGCUCGAGCAGGCCUCCCGAAAGGUAGCGCAGCAGCUUGGUGAAUUGGUUAUGGCGAACGUCGAGCUCAUCGAAAAGGCUGGUUUCAUUGCGAACAUUGUCAAUCGUCUUCAUCGCCACGAUGCCCUGUCCGACUACGGCGUCCACAUGAUCCAGCGUCUGCUGGACAGCGGGUUGCCGCCGAAGGAGAUUGUGUGGACGCAUAUUCUUCCGUCAGCCAGUUCGAUGGUUGCCAACCAGGCCCAACUGUUCAUUCAGUGCUUGGACUUUUACUUGGAGCCGGAGAAUGCGCAUCACCUUGCUGAGAUCCAGCGUCUGUCAAAGGAGGAUACCCCCGAGUCGGAUGAGCUGCUUUUGCGAUACUUUAUGGAAGGUGGCCGGAUUCGAUCGUCAGUUGCGCUGCCCCGAGAGGUUGCAAAGCCGACUGUCAUCGACGACAAUGGCGAGAAGGUCACCCUCAAGACUGGCCAGCAGAUUUACGUCAACCUGGUUUCCGCGAGCCACGACCCCAAGGCUUGGCCGGACCCCGAACAGGUCCGCCUGGACCGUGAUCUGAGUCAGUAUUCUCACUUUGGCUUUGGUCCGCAUCAAUGUCUCGGGCUUGGCGUGUGCCAGGUGGCACUGCCCACUAUGCUGCGCGUAGUUGGGCAACUGAAGAAUCUCCGCCGGGCUCCUGGCCCACAGGGCCAAUUGAAGAAACUCUCAGCCCUUGGGGGCCUAACUAUGUAUAUGGAUGCGGAACAUAGUAUGGUCUCGCCGUAUCCUUCGACUAUGAAGGUUCAGUGGGAUGGGGAACUGCCCAAGGCGGAUAAUUAA